UUCCUGCUAGCCUCCCCGCCCCCUCCCGCCCCUCCCCGCGCCCCCCGCUCCCCUCCCCCUGCCCAAAAAGACGCGGAUCGCCGCCCGGAGUGGCGCCUCCAGUCGCGGCGGAUGGAGGGCGCGAGCGGGCGGCCUCGGCACCCGGCGGGGCGCUGAUGCGGCGCCUGGACCUUCGCUGCGCGACUUCGGGGGCGUCGCCGGGUGGGCACUCCGCGAUGCAGCUCCUGAAGGCGCUCUGGGCACUCGCAGGGGCCGCGCUCUGCUGCUUCCUCGUCCUGGUGAUGCACGCGCAGUUCUUGAAAGAAGGUCAGCUGGCCGCUGGCACCUGUGAGAUUGUGACACUGGACCGGGACAGCAGCCAGCCUCGGAGGACGAUUGCCCGGCAGACGGCUCGCUGUGCAUGCAGAAAGGGGCAGAUCGCGGGCACCACGAGAGCCCGGCCCGCCUGUGUGGACGCACGGAUUAUCAGAACAAAGCAGUGGUGUGAUAUGCUUCCUUGUCUGGAGGGGGAAGGCUGUGACUUGUUAAUCAACCGGUCAGGCUGGACGUGCACACAGCCCGGCGGGCGGAUAAAGACCACCACGGUCUCCUGACAAACGCAGCCCCAGAGGGGACAGGGAGGGGCCUUGGCUCCCUGGAGAGGCCACGCCAGGGCCACAGUCCUCCUUCCGCAGUGGACGCCACCUUUCCCUAUCCGCCCGCCCCCCGGUUCUCUGCUGCCCGACAGGUUCAUCCUGUGUCCUCAGCCUCCUGAGUGAGUCUGUCCGGCAUCACCGAGGAGUCUGGCCCCGGACACGGUGGGGGUGCACGGGCGUCCCUGGGGGCCUGGCCCCGCCCGCCCUCCCUGACUGGGCGCUGGCUGUGUGUCCUGAAGAAGAGGACGAGGAGGGGGCCGGAUGGGCCGCAGCUGAGCCAGCAAGAGAGGCAGACGGCACUGGACCAGGGAGGACUGACUCUUGGGCGAAGAAGUGGCCUCUCCUUGUGCCCCAGACUGUCCGAAUUGCUUUUAUUUUCUUAUCCUUUCAGUAUAUACUCAAUAGACCAAAGAACAAAUCUAUUUUACCGCGGAUGCGCCCCCGCCGGCAGAGUCCCCGGUCGACGGGGGGCCCAGGGGCAGAGACAUGCUGGUGGCCCCUGCGGGGCGGAGAGGGCGGCCCGGCAGAGGCCCCCACCCCACGGACACUGCGGCGCGCCCUGGGAGGGCCGAGGAUGCCGGCCAGCCCCGCGGGACGCGGCCGGCGAAGUCCCCACGCAGAGCCCGCCGCCCUGGGGACACAGACUGACGCGUGCGCCCUGCCCUUCUGUACUUAGAUGGACUCGAUCGUACUAAACUCACUCCCAGUUUUAACCAGUUCAACACGCCUCUCCACGCUCCAUUUCCGAUAGUGGGAUAAUCCAGUAUUCGCCAAGAGCAUGUAGGGUGUCCCGUGACUGCUGUCUCAUCCGAUUCGCCAUUUAGCUCCAGAAAGCAAAUUAAAGAAAACUAAAGUAACACUUGUUUGAAAGAGAUCAUUAAAUGUAUUUUGCAAAGCCUAAAGUUAUAUAUUUAACAGUUUUUAUAUGUUGUAUAUUUGUAGAAAAUCCUAUUUAACAAUUACUGUGGUCGCCCCGGCCGUCCUGAGAGGCGGGGCGAGUCCGGGUGUUCCUUGAAGUUGCCAGGAUGGGCACAAUGGCCCCCCCAGACCUAGGGGAGCCGAGCGCAGACAGCCAGGGCCGUGAUGCCACGCGUGUGCUGGCAGUGCCCCUGGAGGCCGUGUCUGUGCAUGUGGUUUGGGUCGGGUGGUCCAGCCCCGGGGCCUCUGGCUGGUGACCACCAAGUGAGCAGUAUUUCGAUGUCGCCUCUUCGGGUCGAUUGUCUCCUUCUUCGUACCCCUGUCACCUUCGCAGACCUUGACAGCUCUGUGCAGCCCGUCUCUGCGCCCCGCUUGGACGGCCCUCUCGUUCUCAGCCUUCACGGAGAAAGUGGAGACCAGGGGCCUGGGCCACAGGCAAGGGCAGGCGUCCCGCCAGCCCACGUCCCUCCCGGUACAGCGGGGUCACCAGGCCCCGCAAAUAGAGGGCCGGUUGUGUUUUUCACUCCCCUGGUCGUCCAGUGCCAGAUUCCUUCGUUUUCCUGAGUUUCCGAUGCAGUAUACUACCUAAGGGUCCAAUUAACAGGAAUAUUAUGCUAGUUCUAUGCUACUAAAAAAAAAAGUAAAAAAAAAAA